AUGGGCUCCGUCUCCUCGGCGCUGGCGCGGUCCCGCAACGCUGUGGUGCAAUUGGGCUCGUCGCCACCGCAGCCAGAGGCGCCUCGGGCUCCUGCUGCUUGCCGAGACUCACGCGUGCUCCCCAAGACCCGGAAGCCGGAAUCCGAGCGAGGAGAGACGCCCGCUCAGCACGCAGCCUGGGAGGUGCAGCCGGCAGCGGGGAGCGGGGAAGGGCUCCCGAAGUUGGAGAGUCCGGAGCUGUCCCCGGUGCUGAACCGCAGGGAGCGCGUGUCCCAGCCCUACUUGUCCCGAAGCCCCAGCGCCGCGGUUGCAAAUGAGGCCGGAGACAAAAAUGCCAGACCUCUUGCCCGCUUCUCCCGGUCUAAGUCACAGAACUGUCUAUGGAACUCCCUCAUCGAUGGACUCACAGGUAAUGUCAAGGAGAAGCCACGGCCAACGAUCAUCCAUGACCCCCGGCCACCGGAGGAAAUCCUAGCUGAUGAACUGCCACAGUUGGAUAGCCCCGAAGCCCUGGUGAAGACGUCUUUCAGGUUACGCUCUUUGGUCAAACAGUUAGAGAGAGGAGAGGCAUCAGUUGUAGAUCUUAAGAAGAAUUUGGAAUAUGCAGCCACAGUACUUGAAUCUGUAUACAUUGAUGAAACGAGACGACUCCUGGAUACCGAGGAUGAGCUCAGUGACAUCCAGUCAGAUGCUGUGCCGUCUGAGGUCCGAGACUGGCUGGCUUCCACCUUCACGCGGCAGAUGGGGUUGAUGCUCAGAAGGAGUGAGGAGAAACCUCGGUUCAAGAGCAUCGUCCAUGCAGUGCAGGCUGGGAUAUUUGUGGAGAGAAUGUAUAGACGGACAUCAAACAUGGUUGGACUGAGCUAUCCACCAGCUGUUAUCGAAGCAUUAAAGGAUGUGGACAAGUGGUCCUUUGAUGUCUUUUCCCUCAACGAGGCCAGCGGGGACCACGCACUGAAAUUCAUUUUCUACGAAUUACUCACACGCUAUGAUCUGAUCAGCCGUUUCAAGAUCCCCAUUUCUGCACUUGUCUCAUUUGUGGAGGCCCUGGAAGUGGGAUACAGCAAGCAUAAAAACCCUUACCACAACCUGAUGCAUGCCGCCGACGUUACACAGACUGUACAUUACCUCCUUUAUAAGACAGGGGUGGCGAACUGGCUGACGGAGCUGGAGAUCUUUGCUAUCAUCUUCUCAGCUGCCAUCCAUGACUAUGAGCAUACCGGAACCACCAACAAUUUCCACAUUCAAACUCGAUCUGAUCCAGCCAUUCUGUAUAACGAUAGGUCUAUACUGGAAAAUCACCAUUUAAGUGCAGCCUAUCGUCUUCUACAAGAGGAUGAGGAAAUGAAUAUUUUGAUCAACCUUUCAAAGGAUGACUGGAGGGAGUUUCGGGCCUUGGUAAUUGAGAUGGUGAUGGCCACGGAUAUGUCCUGUCAUUUCCAGCAAAUCAAAGCCAUGAAGACUGCUCUGCAGCAGCCGGAAGCAAUUGAAAAGCCAAAAGCCUUAUCCCUCAUGCUGCACACAGCAGAUAUUAGCCAUCCAGCAAAAGCGUGGGACCUCCAUCAUCGCUGGACGAUGUCACUUCUGGAAGAGUUCUUCAGACAGGGUGACAGAGAAGCAGAGUUGGGGCUGCCUUUUUCUCCUCUAUGUGAUCGAAAGUCAACCAUGGUCGCUCAGUCGCAAGUAGGCUUCAUUGAUUUCAUUGUGGAACCCACUUUCACUGUGCUCACUGACAUGACCGAGAAGAUUGUGAAUCCAGUCAUUGAGGACACCUCCCAACCUGGCGGGACAGGGCAGAGGCGUUCGAGUUUGAACAACAUCAGCUCGUCAGAUGCAAAGCGGUCAGGUGUCAAGAGCUCUGGGUCAGAAGGAAGUGCUCCAAUCAACAAUUCCGUCAUCUCUGUCGACUAUAAGAGUUUUAAAGCCACUUGGACAGAGGUGGUGCACAUCAACCGGGAGAGAUGGAAGGCCAAGGUGCCCAAAGAGGAGAAGGCCAAGAAGGAAGCAGAGGAAAAGGCUCGCCUGGCCACAGAGGAGAAGCAAAAGGAAAUGGAAGCCAAACGCCAGGCUGAAGACGGUGCAGCUGGCACAGCUGAGACAAAGACAUCUGGUGAAGCGAAGAAUCAAGUCAAUGGAACACACACAAGCAAAAGUGACAACGCUCGAGGGAAAAAUUCCAAAGCUGAGAAGUCAUCGGGAGAAAAGAAUGGUGACUUGAAAGAUGGUAAAAAUAAGUCAGACAAGAAGGAUCAAUCCAAUGUCGGAAAGGAUUCAAAGAAAACAGAUGGGACAAAGCAGCGUUCUCACAGCUCCCCAGCCCCAAGCACUAUCUCCACAAGUCAACUUACCUUGCCAGUCAUCAAGCCUCCUUUACGCCAUUUUAAACGCCCUGCUUACGCAUCUAGCUCCUAUGCACCUUCAGUUCCAAAGAAAACUGACGAACACCCUGUGAGGUACAAGAUGUUGGACCAGAGGAUCAAAAUGAAAAAGAUUCAGAACAUCUCACAUAACUGGAACAGAAAAUAGGUCAAAGGGAAAGAAGAGAAGGAGUGAAGGAGAGACCUACCUAUCUGCUUCUCAGCUCUCACCAGUGACUCCAGGGAUGCCUCCUAGACCCUUGGAGGCCUUUGGGGCCGGUACUAUCAUGGUUGACUCCACCAAGGCAAUGUGGUGAGUCCCCCCUUUGUUGUUAUGUUGUAAACUCAUUAACCACUGGAUUUGGGGUCAAUCCAGAGUCCAGCAGCAAACCAGUAAGAAGGUUGUCUAAUGUAGCUUUUACUGGCAUAGAUAGCUUUUUCAAAGUCUAAAUUGAAUCCAAAUUAAAAUUAUAUAACCUGUUCAGAAGAAAUAGAAUUCCUUCCAUUGUCACUAUUUCCAUCUCUGGAAGUUGACUUGCC